AAUCACCACCAGUGAGUGUAAUCCCAGCCUCUUUUGCGCAUAAUAGUCUAAUUUCUGAGAGCGUAAAAUUUACUUUUUUUUUGCGUUUUAGAACUGUUAAAUCAAAGGUUAAAAUUCAUAAACUCCCAGCAUCUGGCCAUCUAGUCGCCCAGCUUAUUAGACUGGGCAACAUUGGGCAGCAGUAAAUAUUUUUCUCGGCAAAUUCGCUUAUGGGUUUAAGGUUGAGGGUGUUUAUGAGCGUGCGAAGUCUGCCCAUCAUCUUGCGUCGUAGACUUUCUUCCUCCGAGCACAGCAUGGCCAAAACAGCACUCCUGAUUCUAGCCGAAGGGGCUGAAGAAAUGGAAGCCAUCAUAUCCGCUGACGUACUGAGAAGAGCUGGGAUUGACGUGACAAUUGCUGGAUUGACGGGAAGCAGUCCCGUGAAGUGCAGCCGUGAUGUUGUUGUCGUCCCGGACAAAAGCCUAGACGAAGCCGUCAAGCAGUCCCCGUACGACGUGGUCGUGCUGCCUGGCGGCCUUAAAGGCUCGGAAAGCUUGGCUGCCAGUGCAACUGUUGGCAAGAUACUGAAGGACCAAGAGAAAAGUGGCAGGCUCGUUGCUGCCAUCUGUGCAGCACCCAUUGCCCUGAAGAGUCACGGCGUGGGUUGCGGAAAACAGGUCACGUCCCACCCCAGCAAAAAAGACGAAGUUGCAGCUGGUGACUACAAGUACAGUGAGAGCAGAGUGGUGGUGGACGGUCAGCUCAUCACCAGCAGGGGACCUGGAACCGCUUUCGAGUUUGCUCUGGCCAUAGUUGAGAAACUUGAGAACAAGCAGGCAGCUGAGAAACUUAUUUCUCCAAUGCUUGUCAAGGUCUAAUCUGGGUGUGUCUCUGGACAGGGCAGUUAUUUUCUUCUAGGAGUCAAAGGUGGUUCCUCGUAGCACUUUCCCUUUUUUUUUGGCAAUUUAUACAGUAACUGCCUUGUGUUCUGAAUGCAUAUAAUGAUAUGGGAAAAUAAAACUUUAUUUGAGUUCUUCA